AUGGGGUCGAUCGCGCUCCCGUACAUGCAGACAGCGCCCAAGCUGAUCUUUUUCACCGAUUUCGAUGGCACCAUCACCGUCGAGGACAGCAACGACCACAUGAUCGACAAUCUCGGCUUCGGCCGGGAGAGACGCCUCGUGCUGAAUGACCAGGUGCUGGACGAGACGCUGAGCUUCCGAGAUGCCUUCCGCGAAAUGCUCGAGAGCAUCAAGACCCCCUACGACGAAUGCAUUGCAACCCUCCUGAAGAAGAUGAAGCUGGACCCCUACUUCGCCGAGUUCUACUACUGGGCCAAGGACAACAACGUACCCAUCGUCAUCCUGUCCUCAGGAAUGCGGCCGAUUAUUAGCGCCCUGCUGGAGCACUUCCUGGGCCACAAGCCGGCCAGCCACCUCACGAUUGUCUCUAACGAGGUGGUGAGCCGCGAUGGCAAGGACAUCAACAGUGAAGGCGGUUGGCAGAUCCAAUAUCACGACAAUAGCCAUUUCGGCCAUGACAAGUCCCUGGAGAUCAAGCCAUACGCCGCAUUGCCCGAAGGCGAGCGCCCGGUGCUGCUGUAUGCUGGCGAUGGCGUCUCGGACCUGUCUGCGGCUGCGGAAACGGAUCUUUUGUUUGCGAAAAAGGGCAAGGAUCUGGUGUUGUACUGCGAACGCCGCGGAAUGCCCUUCACGACCUUUGAGAACUGGUCGACCAUCCUCUCAACCACGAAGGAUAUCCUGGCGGGCAAAGUGUCGGCCCAAGAAGUGGCCCAGGCGCACAAGAGCCAGUAG